AUGGUGCUCACAGAGGAAUGUAGUGCUAUCAUACAAAAGAAACUUCCCCAAAAGAUGAAAGACCCUAGGAGCUUCCAAAUCCCCUGCAUUAUAGGGGAGAUCAACAUUGAAAAAGCAUUAUGUGAUCUGGGAGCUAGCAUCAACCUUAUGUCCUUAACCAUGAUGAAGAGAAUGAGAAUUGAAGAGGCCAAACUAACAAGAAUGACACUUCAAUUAGCUGAUAGAACACUCAAGUUCCCUCAUGGAGUAGUGGAGGAUUUGUUGGUUAAGGUGGGAGAGUUCAUCUUCCCAGCUGAUUUUUUUGUACUUGAUAUGAAGGAACAGGCUAACACAUCAAUCAUCCUAGGGAGAUCGUUCCUAGCUAUUGCUGGAGCCAUAAUUGAUGUUCAAAAAGGAGAGUUAGUCUUAAGACUGCAUGAAGAGAAUAUGGUUUUCAAUGUGUUCAAAGCAAUGAGCUACCCACAGGAGUCCAUUGGCAAAUGCAUGAUGGUGGACACAAUGGAAAAACUAGUUCAAGGAGUUUUAAAAGAAGAACAAUGUGAAGAAAUAAUGGAGCAAGAUCAACAAGCAUCAUGUGGUGAACCACUACAAGAGAGCAUAGAAGACUCAAUCAUGCUAGACAAGGCAAGCAAAAGGGAAAUGGAGGCACCAAAGCUAGAGUUGAAAACCAUGCCUCCAAGCUUGAAGUAUGCCUACUUGGGUGACAAUGACACAUAUCCAGUCAUCAUUAAUUCAAGCUUGAAUGAAGAUCAAGAAGAAGAGCUGAUCAAUGUGCUGAGACAACACAAGGAUGCCAUAGGAUGA